AUGUCGAGUCAGGGUGAUCCAGCUGCGGCUACCAGUGUCCCGCCUGAACUGCCCCUGCCAACAACUUCCACCAACACUACCCCUCGAUUUUCCCAAGAGGACGUUUCGGUGAUUUUUGUGCUGGGCGGCCCUGGCAGUGGGAAGGGUACACAAUCGGCAAACUUGGUCCGCGAUUACGGUUUCUCUCACUUAUCCGCGGGCGAUCUCCUACGUGCCGAACAAGACCGUGAAGCUAGUCAAUAUGGCGAAUUGAUACGCCACAACAUCCGCGAAGGCAUCAUUGUACCCAUGGAAAUUACUGUCGCCUUACUUUCUAAUGCAAUGUCCGAAAUCCUCGAGCAAAAGAAAGCCCAGAAUAAGCUUACUCCCGGCGUACCGUCCCGCUUUCUAAUCGACGGAUUUCCGCGAAAAAUGGACCAAGCAGUCUUUUUUGAAGAUACUGUCGUUCCUUCGAUGGCUACUUUGUUCCUUUCCUGUCCCGAAGAUAUUAUGCUCGAUCGUCUCUUAAAGCGGGGAGAAACUAGUGGCCGUUCAGAUGACAACAUUGAGUCGAUCCGCAAGCGGUUUCGGGUCUUUGUGGAGCAAAGCAUGCCUGUCGUUGAUAAUUUUGGCAAAGAGGGCAAAGUCAUGAAUGUGUCUUCAGUUGGCAACGUAGACGAGGUGUAUGCGCGGGUCAGAGAGGAGGUUGAAAAGCGCGGGAUCAUGCAGGUUCAGGAUAAUUAG